UUAUUGGGCUGUGACACGGCCUGCACGAGGACACAACCGCUUCCGUGCUGCCGCUGUGGGCUCGCGCCGGAUCGCCACGGCACUUCCGCUCGGCGCGAGGGCGAUUACAAGCACGCGCGUCCAGGCGACGGAAGCGAAGAGAAGAGAAGAGGCUCGCGCAGACACAAAGAAAGGUCGCGAGGAUGUCGGAUGAGGAUUCACGUGCCGGCUCCAGUUCUUCCUCCUCUUCAUCAUCUUCAUCCUCAUCGUCGUCGUUGUCCUCAUCGUCCUCUGUCCGGCAGCAGUCGGAGAAAGACACACCUAGCAAGAAACGAGAGAGCAAAGCCAGCGUCAAUAAAAACUCCAAACUCUUGUCAACCAGCGCUAAAAGGAUUCAGAAAGAGCUCGCUGAUAUCAUGUUGGAUCCUCCACCAAACUGCAGCGCCGGCCCAAAAGGAGACAACAUCUACGAGUGGAGGUCCACCAUCCUGGGUCCUCCAGGCUCCGUGUACGAGGGAGGAGUCUUCUUCCUCGACAUCGCCUUCACUCCAGACUACCCCUUCAAGCCGCCCAAGGUGACGUUUCGUACCAGAAUCUACCACUGCAACAUUAACAGUCAGGGAGUGAUCUGCCUGGACAUCCUGAAGGACAACUGGAGCCCAGCGCUCACCAUCUCGAAGGUUCUGCUGUCCAUCUGCUCUCUCCUCACAGACUGCAACCCUGCCGACCCUCUGGUGGGAAGCAUCGCCACUCAGUACACAAACAACAGACCGGAGCACGACAGGAUAGCCAAACAGUGGACCAAACGCUACGCCACAUAAUCCCACACCGCGAGGGAAGAGUGCUACUGAUGGAGGGGUGGCUCGGGGGAGAAGGAUGUAUACUGGAGAGGGGAGG